AUGGCGGAGUUCCGGGCGCUGGGGCUGGCGCCGUGGUUGGCGGAGCAGGCGCGGCAGGUGGGGCUGAGCCGGCCCACGCCCGUGCAGGCCGCCUGCAUCCCGGCCGUGCUGCAGGGUCGCGACUGCCUGGGCUGCGCCAAGACGGGCAGCGGGAAGACGGCGGCCUUCGUGCUGCCCGUGCUGCAGGUGCUCUCCGAGGACCCCUACGGCAUCUUCUGCCUGGUGCUGACACCCACCAGGGAGCUGGCGUACCAGAUCGCCGAGCAGUUCCGUGUCCUGGGGAAGCCGCUCGGCCUGAAGGACUGCGUGGUGGUGGGCGGCCUGGACAUGGUGGCGCAGGCGCUGGAGCUCUCCCGUAAACCCCACGUUGUCAUCGCUACGCCCGGCAGGCUGGCAGAUCACCUCCGCAGUUCCAACACUUUCAGCCUUAAAAAACUAAAGUUCUUGGUUUUGGAUGAAGCCGACCGGUUGUUGGAGCAGGGCUGUGCUGAUUUCACCGCGGACCUGGAGGUGAUUCUGGAGGCUGUUCCGGCACGCAGACAAACGUUGCUGUUCAGCGCCACGCUGACCGAUACGCUGAACGAGCUGAAGAGCCUGGCCGCGAACAGACCGUUCUUCUGGGAGGCUGUGUCCGAGGUGCGGACAGUGGAUGAAUUGGACCAGCGCUACUUGCUUGUACCCGAAGCAGUCAAGGACGCGUACCUUGUCCAUUUAAUCCAGACCUUCCAGGACGAGCAUGAAGACUGGUCUAUUAUUAUCUUUACUAAAACCUGCAAGGACUGCCAGGUCUUGAACAUGAUGCUUAGGAAAUACAACUUUCCUUCUAUAGCUCUGCAUUCCAUGAUGAAACAGCGGCAACGAUUUGCAGCUUUAGCAAAGUUCAAGUCCAGCAUCUUUAAGAUUCUCAUUGCCACUGAUGUUGCUGCUAGAGGUUUGGACAUUCCUACAGUACAAGUUGUCAUCAAUCACAACACUCCCGGCCUGCCGAAAAUCUACAUUCACCGGGUUGGCCGGACAGCCCGUGCAGGUCGGAAAGGAAUAGCUAUUACACUGGUGACGCAGUACGACAUCCAUCUCGUACAUGCUAUUGAGGAGGAAAUCAAACUGAAGCUGAAGGAGUUCUCUGUGGAGGAGCGGUUUGUGCUUGACAUCCUCACCCAAGUGAACGUCACCAGGAGGGAAUGUGAAAUAGAACUGGAGGGAAUGGAUUUUGAUGAGAAGAAAGAAAUAAAUAAGCGGAAACAAAUGAUCCUUGAAGGGAAGGAUCCAGAUCUGGAGGCAAAAAGGAAGGCAGAGCUAGCCAAGAUCAAGAAGAAAAACAAGCAAUGCCGUGAGAAGGUCCAGCAGACGCUGCAGAAGAAAAAGCAACUGCAGCUGAAGAGGAAACUGCAGAAGAAGAUGGAGCGGCGGAACAAACUGCAUGCUAAGGAAGAAAAAUAACAUCCUUUGGCCUGACUUGCUUGGCUCAGACUGCCCUGAUGUUGCUGCUGCUGUGGGAAUACUGGGAUCUAACACGUUUUAAUGUGGACGCUUCUGACCUGAAAUCAGUGUCGGAGACUAUGGGGAAGGUGGGUGAGGGGAGAAGGGACACUUUGAUAAACCGUCUCCGUUAUUUUUCCUUCCUGCACAAUGCUGCUGGCUUGGGCCAUUCCUGGCAGGCUGGAUCAGUCUCCUGGAAGAAUGUCUUUCAAGAGCAUGUUUCCUUCCUCCAGCAAAGGAGAGGCCAGACCUGAAUUCUUGGUGACGUGAAGGGAAAUGAAGAUCCUCUCUGUCUUCCCCCUUCAUUCAGUCAUUGCUCUUUCCCUUUCAAGGGCUGCUGCUUGCCACUCACACUUGUUUAUAUCAACAGAUUCUCCCCUGAGCCAGAGUCUAAAAAUAGGGUGACAAAACGAGCUCAGCCCCUAUCUGUGCCAUAGCCCAGAGUUUUCUGAGAGGAAAAUUCCUGGAACACGUGGGGAGGUUGUGUUGUGUGGCUGGUCCUGGGGUGGUCUUGGGAUAAUUCUGCUUUAUACAUUUAAGUGAUGCUCUUGCCCGCGAUUGUCUGCAUUGGCUCAGACUCCAGCCCUGGGCUGCUGUCCAUAGGGAUAGCAGAGUCAUGGUUUGGAGACCAGGGCUGCUGGGGACUCUGUUUUCCCAGAUGAUCAGUCAGUUCAGAGACCAUUUCUGGCACAGAAGAAGAGCCCCAGGAGUAGGAUUGCCUUGUUUCUUGUACCACCCAAGAGUAACGAGAGUGGUUUAUAUUUGGGUCUGCUCUAUAGGUUCCUGGGCCUCCCCGUGUGGAUUUGCAUCCUGUGUGUUUGGAACAGGAGGUUGGUUAGGCUGGAGGGGGCUGAGCUCUCCGAAGAAACGGUUGUGUUUCCCUAUGGAGACAGAACUUAAAAUUCUAGAGUAGCUCAGGCCAGAGUUCGGCCAGCUCUGUUCUGAUGUCAGGUUUGAUCCUCAGUGCCUUCUUUAAUGUUCAGAGCUUUCUAUGACUUGAGACUGAAGAUCUGUUAUUUCUGUCCUCUGGCUUACAAAAAUAGUUUCUAUGGUCAGUGCCCAAAUAAAUAUUUAUUGCAACAAGUGA